UUCAUUCGUAUACGUGUAUAUAAAUUAUCAAAAUCUUUUUUAUCGGAGCAUAAUUAUUAUACGAAAAAAUAAAAUAUAUUUCAGUUGAAUUUAACCCUUACUCGGCCGUCACGUGGAAACCGCGAGUUAAGUUUAGAACCUAUCGACACCGCACAUAGUCUGGCAACACCGAACAACCGUGUCAACACUCAACGGUGCUUUGUGAACAGGCGAUUGUUGUUGCUGGGCCCCUCUGCUCCUCCAAAAGAUAAUCCAACUCCGAUCGGGGCAAACAAAGCCGCCAAGCCAAACGGUUUCUUUUCGCCAAUCUAGAACGGGAGACCAGUAAUCACAACGCCAGAGCAGAGCCAACACAGAGCAGCAACGAACUGAACUGAAGACAGUUGGCGCUGGGCAGCAGGAGGAGCGAGGAGCGAGGAGCGACGAAGACCGGGUAGAACCUUCAGGAAAUUGCACACCUUUCGCAGAGCAGAGACUACUCCGACCAGGCAGGCGGGCAGGCUAGGCCAGGAGACCGCCUAGAGGCUUACUGGAGGUCGUCAAAAGGUUGGUCUCCGAGUCCGAUUGCUCUGGGACACUGGGAGCUACUGCAGCACAAAAUGCCCACCACCCAGCAGUCACCGCAGGGCCAUACCCUUGGCCAUGUCCAGGGACAGGCACAAGGACAUAGUCUAGGCCACCAUCAAGGACAACCGAUGGAACAGUCCAAGGACGACAAGGAAUGCAACGAAGGCGAUGUGGGCGUUGCGGGCAACAAUAUACCCAAUCUCUCGACCAUGUCGUUGGACGAACUGAAGCAGCUAGACAGAGAUACCGAGUUCUUCGAUGACUUCAUCGAGGAGAUGUCCGUGGUGCAGCAUCUCAACGAGGACAUCGAUUCGAUGAUGAUCCAGGUGGAGAGUAUCUCAAUGGAGAACGAGACAAAGGGAACGCAUUUGGUGGAGCUGAAGCGCCGGCUCAGCGAUGAUUACACUGCCUUGAAAACGCUGGGCGAGAAGUGCGACCAGCUGAACAAGAAGUACAUGAAAAAGUCCGAGGAGUAUGAACCGCAGCACAUAAGGGAACUCCUUCAGAUUGCUGCCUCUAAUGCCGAUGCCGACUGUGAUCGUCAUGUGGAAAACUUUCUGAACGGCAAGAUCGAUGUUCAGACGUUCCUCAACACAUACCAGAGCUCCAAGAAGAUCAGCGCCGAGCGUAAGGCCAAGGAGGAGCGCCUGGGCACCCAGUUGAGUGCCCUGGAGCGGGCUGGCAUCUAGGAAUGCCAUCCGUGACCCGUUCCCUUCAGUGUUAUCUCACAUUUCAUACCACUACCAAUCCCCUCCAUCCGCCACGAGUCGCAAUAUAGAGUCUAAGCAUCAAAGAGCAUCGAGGAGCAGUCGGGAACAGCUAUGGAGAAGUGGAGUCAGGCGUCGUGCGAUCCUUGGAAGAUUAUAAGCACUAGUUAUAGGCUAUAUUUAAAUUCUUGUAAAUCGGUAGGAGCUACUUAUACAUCCUAGAAAGGAACGCAAAUAUGUUAUGGAUCCCCAGCUCCCGGUCCCCGGCUAAAUUUUUAAUUAUCAACAAUCAUAACCGCAUGUAUUCCCACGUUUUAGGCUACAAAUUAUUCCGGCUUUUAUUUUGUAUCAUGGCCAGCCAAAAUUGUUCUAUUUGUAUUAUGUAUAUUUAAUAAACUUGAUUUAUCUCGGAUUAUCUGGUA